AUGCAUCUCUUUAUCCUUGGGGCAACAGGGCGAACGGGUCUGUACGGGUAUAAAUAUGCUUUGGAACAAGGGUUCACGGUGACCAUUCUGGUCCGCAAAGCCGACAGCAUCGAGCCCCAAGAAGGACUCACCGUCGUCGAGGGCUCCCCUCUAUCAGAAGAAGACAUGGCACGCGCAUUCAAAGCAUCCGGCGUCCCAGUAGACGCAGUUCUCGUCUUCCUCAACGCGCCGCGCGCAGGUCAAAAUCCCUGGGGAAAGUUUCUUGGUCCCCCACGUCUAAUCGCAGACUCGACUAGGAAUGCUGCCCGGGCCCUCAUACACGCGCAGCACAACGGCCCCACAGCAACUGGCGGCAGCAAACCUCGCUUGGUUGUCAUGAAUGCUUUAGGCGUCGGCGAGAGUUAUGCUGUUACGCCGUAUAUUGUUCGAUUUAUGAUUGCUUUUAGUAAUGUUUCCGAGUCCUAUAAGGAUCAUAAUGCGGUUAAUGAUGAGAUCGAGGAGGUUUGUGGAGAGGAUGUUAUUUGGACGCUUCCUUUGCCGGUCGGAUUGAAGGGUGGAGGGUUGAACCCGGUCAAGACGUUUGGGAGUACGGAGUCUGGAGCGAGUUUGUUUAUUACGCGUGAGAGCUGUGCGAGGUGGAUGGUUGAUGUGGCGUAUUCCAAUCCCCCUGAGUUCAAUCCUGGGAAGUCUCAGCUUUCCUGGAAACCGAAGAAUGUGCGACGGGACAAGCAGAAAGAACUUGACUAUUCGCUUGUCGGAAUGACAGGAGGUCAAAUAUUCAAAGAGAUGUUGACCCGUUAUGCCGUGGAUAGAAUAUUUGGGUACCCGGGUGGUGCUGUUCUUCCCAUAUUUGACACGAUUUACGAUGCCGGAAACGAACUUAAGUUCAUUCUAUCAUGUCAUGAGCAAGGUGCUGGGCAUACGGCCCAAGGGUAUGCGCGAGUGACUGGAAAGCCUGGAGUUGUUUUGGUAACGUCGGGACCUGGGGCAACAAACCUAAUUACGCCCUUUAUGGAUGCGCUCGCUGAUGGGACUCUUAUGGUCGCAUUCUGUGGUCAGGUCCCGACUUACGCGACGGGCAUGGAUUCCUUCCAAGAGGCCGACAUAAUUGCCAUGACUCAGCCCUGCACUAAAUGGAAUGUUUCUGUAAGGCAAGUCGCCGAUCUUCCGCGGAAAAUUGACGAAGUGUUCAAGAUCGCAACCUCCGGGCGACCUGGACCCGUUCUUGUUGAGCUGCCGAAAGACGUGACAGCCGAUGUCUUACGAACGCCCGUCCCUCAAAUACCUCCCCCUAUUGGUCUCGAAUUUCCAGCAGCACAAACUAGGAUUGAUAAAGCCAUUUCCAAUGUCCGACAAGAAGCCCUUGAAAGAGUGCUGGCAUCUCCAAAAGGCCCGCAACUACUACACGAGCUUGCAAGAAAAGCCAAUAUUCCUGUCACAACAUCCCUUCAAGGCCUUGGUUCAUUUGACGAAAUGGAUCCCAAAGCACUCCAUAUGCUUGGUCUUCAUGGGUCUGGGUAUGCUAAUAUGGUAAUCCAAAACGCCGACACAGUUAUUGCACUGGGAGCACGCUUUGACGAUCGUGUAACCGGAAGCAUUCCGAAGUUUGCCCCUAGCGCUCGACAAGCGGCUCUUGAAGGCACUGGUGGAAUUAUUCAUUUCGAUAUUUUAAGCAAGAAUAUCAACAAGAUUGUUCAAGCAGACAUCCCUGUUCAAGGAGAUAGUGCAGAGAAUCUCAAGCUCUUACUCCCACUUAUCACCCGAGCAGAAAAAUCAGACUGGAUUGCACAAGUACAACAGUGGAAGUCCGAAUACCCUUUUCAGGCCUUUGAGAAGGAAAGUCCUUCGGGCAGUGGGCGUAUUAAGCCCCAAAAACUGAUAGAGAAGCUAAGCGAGCUAGUCGAUCCAAUAAAGGAUCGUACAAUUCUUACAACAGGGGUCGGUCAGCAUCAGAUGUGGACUGCUCAACACUUUCGUUGGAGGCACCCUCGCACGAUGGUGACUUCGGGUGGCUUAGGAACGAUGGGAUUUGGGUUGCCUGCCGCGAUUGGGGCAAAGGUCGGACGACCAGAUGCUUUAGUCAUUGACAUCGACGGCGAUGCUUCGUUCUUACGGCGAAGCAGUUCGAUAUCGACAUUAAACGUUCAAAUUAACCCUGAAUUUGUUGAAACCGCGGAAGCGAUGGGUGUCCAAGCUCGAAAGUGUACGAGUGAAAAUGAUGCGGAUGAGAAACUGCGAUGGCUUUUGGACACUAAGGGACUGGCGUUGUUGGAAGUCAUGAUUUCACCCAAGGCCUUGACUCUGCCAAUGGUUCCUGCUGGGCGUGGCUUACACGAAUUCAUUACAUACAACUCUGCCGUUUGA